ACUGUGUUAUUGUUAAGAAAGAAAAAUAAGGUUUAUUACGUUACGAUGACUCAUAAUGCUAAAGGUGUAGCACAAUGUCCUUAGUGGGGCACAUUUAAAUAACUGUGGGGUGCAAUUUGAACUACUACUACAUCGUCUCUAGUGAUGUACAAGUAUCUAACGUUGAGCCAUGCCGACAGCGACUGUUCCACGACUGAUCGUUCCACCGAGUUGUGAGGAGGUUGUGGUGACGAAAAUCUCCCCGACCGUUCUGUCUACCGACUUACUGAGCCCACAACAGUUCCGAGUCACUCUCCCAACCAUCGGACAAUGUCAGCGGGAGCCGGUGUCCCAGUCCUGGGGGACCCACGCCGUGCGGUACGGCGGAGUCGGCGGCCUGCCCUUCCUCGGAGAGAGUCGGAUGAAAGACUUCCCGGUGGGACGGUCUCACAGGCACUUCAGGAGCGGCUUUUCUGAGUAUAAGACUACAGAACAACCGUAUAGGCGCACUGAACUCAAGCUGAGCGAAAGUCGCAUCAACGACCAACUCCUGCCACCUCCACCACACAAACUGAUAUGGGAUAAGAAAGCCGAAGCGCCCUGGCCGCAAAACGACGCCUACUGGUCCCACUCCCCUGUGUUUGAGGUCUUUCCUAAGGGGCCCAAACGGUCUACUGCCGCAAAGGAUCUUGGACUAGUGACCAGAAAGGCACUCCAAGACUUAAAGAAGAAAGACAGCACGUCAACCUACCAAGAAGCCCACUGCGACAACCUCAAGGGUCAAACGCCACCGGGUAACAAGGCACAACAAAAGAACCAGGGGCCGAUACAAAAGCUGGCAAGCAAGCGGCUCAAGUCUAUCAAGAGCGCCCGACGCCGUAGGCAGAAAUCUGCGAAGACCAAGGGCGUUACGUUCAAGGAUGGACCGGUGAAGGAAGAAGCUCUACUCGGCGGAGUUGGCCCCUCCUGGCCGCCUAGCACCGAUCAGGUCAUCGAUAAGUUCUUGCUGAAGGAGCGGUCCGCACUAGACGUCCCACCCGAAGCCUUCAACAAGCGCAACCUGCAGCCGAUCGAUCUACAACCGAUCAAACUGAACGCCAAGAGCGGUCGCACGACAACGGGCAAGCUGCCGAGGGUUCCGUACAAAGCGGAGGGAGGAGAAACGGCUAUUCCAAUGCCCGCGACUGCCCAGACCCUCCCCACGCUGGCCUUGGUGGUGAAGAACCUUCCAGAGGCGAUCGAGGCGGGAGGGCGGCCGCUUGGUGCAACAGCCGUGCCACCUCCCCCAGACGUAACAAGCUCCAAGGAUCCUUCAAGCGAAGAUGAAAAUAAGAAGAACGUGCGUUUUGAAGAGACCAGCGAUGAUGCCGCCAAAAACCCUGAAGAAGAAGAAGAAUCUGACGAAAAAGACGAGACCGAAGAAGACUCAAAUGAGAAGAAGGAUCGUAAGAAGGAAGAGAAGACCAUGGCACGAGCGCGCUCGCUACCGGAGGGUUUCUUUGGAAAGAAACGGGUCCUCAAACUCGGCCACUGGAGCAAAUCUGCCAUGCAUCAAAGGUUUAUUGCGUCCUGUCCUGAGACCGUCCCAGACCUACGCGAUGGUCUGACCUACCCCGCGCGCAAACGCCAUUUCUUCUACGGCAGCCAUUCCUGUGUCUACAGGGGCUAGCCCACCUGAUAUGGCGAGCUAAUUCGUAGAAAACGUUAUCUUCCAACUGAAUAUGCAAAUGAGUGUCUUAUAAGGCGAGCUCAUUGGUGAAAAGUUUGUCUUACUAGUGAAUAUGCAAAUGCUACCUUAUACGGCUAGCUUAUUGGUGAAACGUUACUACUGAAUAUGCAAAUGUACCUAGUAAAGUGAACUGAUUGGUGAAAAGUUUUGUUGUCUUACUACUGAAUAUGCAAAUGAUACGUUAUAAGGCGAGCAUACAAAAUGUUGUUGUUUUUACCAAUUACACCUUUGCCAAGGAAGUUAUUUUCUCUUAUUACUGAAUUUGAAAUCAUGAUAAAAAAGCAACAAAUUGUACAUACAAGUGUAGACAUAUGAUUCAGGGUUAUAAACCUACAUUUGUAAAAUUAAUAAUGUAUGUACUCAAGAAAUAUGACAGUUAAAAGUUUGUUAUGUAAGAUAUAACACAAUCAAUUCAAAUAUUUGUAUAUCUACACAGAUUUUAUUGGCACAUGGUCUGGAUAUAGAUUGGUUGUAUGGACUGGUUACCAAAGAUUGACAGGCAGUUGUUUUAGCAUAUAUGUACAAAGAAUAUCAAUAUGUCUCAGUUUUAACCUGUUGUAAUCAUAAGUAUAGAAGAUUUU